UUUAAUGAAAAUAAUAAAAAAAGAAAAAGGAAAGAGAAGGGAAAAAAAGGAAAAAAAUCAAAGCCUUUUUUCUCCUUGGUUUGGGGCUUUCAAGUCUCUCUCAGGUAGAGAAGCUAAGGAGGAAGGCGGAGCAAGUAGAAGCACGGCGUGUCUGUGAUACUGGAGGUGAUCCCGGUGGUCAGUCAAAGAAAGCAUAGUACGCUUUGAUAGAUAGACCCCUGGAAUCCAUUUCAGAUUCGCACACACACUCAAAAAAAAAAAAACCCAAAAAAAAAAAAAAUCUUGUUCAUAAUAGUCUCUCUCUAAAAGGGUUUUCCUUUUUAUACAAAAUUUAAAUACACCGCUUCAAUCUCACUCCUUCUGAUUCACCAAAAACCCUCUCUUUACGUUUUCGGUUAUUUAUUUAUUUAUUUUUUUUGGGGUGGGAUUCAUCGUCUUGCAGCCUCUGCACUUUCUUCUCUGUACUCUCUUUUAUUUUCAGCGUUUCCAUUUUAUUUCUCUUUUUUUUUUUAAUUUUUUUUUAAUUUUUAUUUGGUAGAGAAAGUUCUUCUUUCUUGCCCACAAUCUUUCUCUGUUUGUUAUAAUUUUAUACAAAUUCUCAUUUUUCCUCCUUUAUUUUAAUUUUUUUGGGUCUCUGAACGCAGGUUUUCCUCCUGCUAACACUUUUCUCGCUCAGUUCUUAUUUUGAUCAGAUUUUUGAUAAGAUAAAGAAAGUUAACUAUUAUUUUUUAUUUUCCUUUCAAUUCUUUGUCAAGAAAUAUAUCUAUACAUAAAAAUAGUUUGAUGUCUGAGAAAAUAUAGCUAUUACUACCGGUAGUGAUAGUAGAUAUCGCAUUAAGAUUAUCAGUAUUCGUUAUGGCGGAUGAAGCUAGGGUUUCAAACAACCCUAUACCUAUUCGUUCCUUGGGUACGGAGGAGGUGAGACCUUCUUACUGGCUAGACGCUUGCGAAGAUAUUUCCUGCGACCUAAUCGGCGGUUUGGUGGAUUUCGGUGAUACUUCAAUUGCGCCCGACUCCACGGCAAACCGCGAAGCUGAAAAUUGCAAUCAGGAGGAGGACGGACUUGUUAACGAUUUCUUCGGAGGGCUGGAUCACAUUCUCGAUAGUAUAAAAAAUGGAGCUGGACUUCCUUCGCUGCAGGACUUCAAUAGCCUUGCUGAUACUAUUACUCCUACGGCCUUUGGCAAUGGGACACGAAGUUGCAGCGUCGGGGAAGCUUGCUUACAGAAUGGUGGGGCGUCAGGGAUUUCCAAGGCCGUGGUGCAGGUUGAGGGCUCGAUUGCCGCACCUAAUGGUACCAUUACCAACCAAAAUGGUGGCCGGAAUUCCGAGUUUAAUGGUGAAGCUGGCCGUGGGAUUAAGUUGGUCAAUGGAAAUGGGGAACACAAGCAGCAUCGCCGCCAGCACGAGGUUAGUGAAAAUGGACUUCAGAAGUAUGAGAACGUGAAUCCCAAUGAGGUUGUUGCGAGGGGAAGAGAUGUGGAAAGUGAUGAAAGAUGCAGCAUGAGAGCUCGAUAUGGCAACUGCAAGAACGAUAAGUAUUGCUUGGGAAGAGGACAAUAUCAUCCCAGGGAGAGGGAAAGGGAAAGGGAAAGAUGCUUUAGCAGGAAAAGGCCGCGCGAUUUGGACGAUAUUGAUAGGAGGGAUAGGGACUAUGUUAGGAGAAAAGAGCAUUACAGUAACAAUAGAAGGGAUGGAAGAGACAGGGAUUGGAGGGAUAGGGAACCAAAGGGUUAUUGGGAGAGGGAUAAGUCAGGGUCCAAUGAGAUGGUUUUCCGCAUUGGUAGCUAUGAAGGUGAUAGGCAUAGAGAGGGGAAGGUAGCUAAUGAUAAAAACCAGGAAUGCAAUGGAAAAGCAGAGAAUAAACCUGAAGAACCUAAAGAAACAAUACCUGAGGAGCAGGCCCGGAAAUAUCAAUUGGACGUCCUUGAACAAGCUAAGAACAAAAACACUAUAGCUUUCCUUGAAACAGGGGCUGGGAAGACACUCAUUGCUGUCCUCCUCAUCAGGAGCCUUUUCAAUGAUUUGCAAAAGCAAAACAAGAAGUUGCUAGCUGUAUUUCUAGUACCUAAGGUUCCACUUGUUUAUCAGCAAGCAGAAGCUAUACGUGAGCGAACUGGCUAUCAAGUGGGCCAUUAUUGUGGUGAAAUGGGUCAAGAUUUCUGGGAUUCUCGAAGAUGGCAGCGAGAGUUCGAUUCAAAGCAGGUGCUAGUUAUGACAGCUCAAAUUCUACUAAACAUUCUGAGGCACAGUAUAAUAAAGAUGGAAGCCAUAAAUCUCUUGAUUCUAGACGAGUGUCAUCAUGCUGUGAAGAAACAUCCAUAUUCUUUGGUGAUGUCUGAGUUCUAUCAUACAACUCCAAAGGAGAAGAGACCUUCUGUAUUUGGAAUGACUGCUUCUCCUGUUAACUUAAAGGGUGUUUCCAACCAAGUAGAUUGUGCAAUAAAGAUUCGUAAUCUUGAAAGCAAACUAGAUUCCAUAGUUUGCACUGUAAAAGACCGUAAAGAGCUGGAAAAACAUGUUCCAAUGCCCUCGGAAAGAGUAGUGGAGUAUGACAAAGCAGCUACCUUAUGGUCCCUUCACGAACAGAUAAAACAAAUGGAAAUUGAAGUUGAAGAAGCUGCAAAGGCUAGCUCUAGAAGAAGUAAAUGGCAAUUUAUGGGAGCCAGAGAUGCUGGGGCCAAGGAAGAGAUGCGACAAGUUUAUGGUGUGUCAGAAAGAACAGAAAGUGAUGGGGCAGUUAAUUUAAUUCAAAAGUUAAGAGCCGUCAAUUAUGCUCUUGGUGAAUUGGGUCAGUGGUGUGCAUACAAGGUUGCACUAUCUUUCUUGACGGCUUUACAAAAUGAUGAGAGGGCAAAUUACCAGCUAGAUGUCAAGUUUCAAGAAUCCUACCUGAGUAAAGCUGUAUCUCUCUUGCAAUGCCAUUUAUCAGAAGGAGCUGUUUCCGACAAGGAAACAAAAGUUACAAACUCAGAGAAUGAAGUCCCUGAAGAGGGAAGUGCCCCUGAUGACAUUGAGGAGGGAGAGCUUCCUGACAGUCAUGUUGUCUCAGGUGGGGAGCAUGUGGAUGUGAUUAUAGGAGCCGCUGUAGCUGAUGGAAAAGUGACCCCAAAGGUGCAGUCACUAAUUAAAAUACUUCUUACAUAUCAGCACACUGAAGAUUUUCGUGCAAUCAUCUUUGUUGAGCGAGUUGUGUCAGCUUUGGUUCUUCCUAAGGUCUUUGCAGAGCUUCCGUCUCUGAGUUUUGUUAAGUGUGCAAGUUUGAUUGGUCAUAACAAUAGUCAGGAAAUGCGGAGUUGCCAAAUGCAGGACACAAUUGCGAAAUUCCGGGAUGGCCGUGUUACAUUGUUAGUUGCCACUAGUGUUGCUGAGGAAGGACUUGAUAUUCGGCAAUGUAAUGUUGUUAUUCGCUUUGACCUUGCAAAAACUGUUUUGGCUUACAUUCAGUCUAGGGGCCGUGCAAGAAAGCCUGGGUCGGAUUACAUCUUGAUGGUUGAGAGGGGAAAUCUGUCCCAUGAAGCCUUCUUAAGGAAUGCCAGGAAUAGUGAGGAGACUUUACGUAAAGAAGCAAUUGAGAGAACUGACCUGAGUACUCUAAAGGACACUUCAAGGCUAAUUUCAGUGGAUUUAACACCGGGUACAAUGUAUCAGGUGGAGACAACAGGUGCUGUUGUGAGCUUAAACUCUGCUGUUGGACUCAUCCAUUUCUACUGCUCUCAGCUGCCUAGUGAUAGGUAUUCAAUACUUCGUCCCGAGUUUGUUAUGGUGAGGCAUGAGAAGCCAGGAGGUCCCACUGAAUAUUCAUGCAAGCUUCAACUUCCUUGCAAUGCGCCAUUUGAGACCCUUGAGGGUCCUAUAUGCAGUUCAAUGCGCCUUGCUCAACAGGCUGUAUGCUUGGCUGCUUGCAAGAAGCUCCAUGAGAUGGGAGCAUUUACUGACAUGCUCUUGCCAGACAAGGGAAGUGGGGAAGAAAUAGAAAAGGUAGAUCAGAAUGAUGAAGGAGAUCCACUUCCUGGGACUGCUAGGCACAGAGAGUUCUAUCCUGAAGGUGUAGCUAAUAUUCUCCAGGGUGAAUGGAUCUUAUAUGGAAGAGAUGUUUGUGACAAUUCCAAACUGCUUCGUCUCUACAUGUAUGCAGUGAAAUGUGUAAACAUAGGCUCUUCUAAAGAUCCAUUCUUGACUCAGGUUUCAGAAUUUGCUGUGCUUUUUGGCAAUGAGCUGGAUGCAGAGGUCUUAUCGAUGUCGAUGGAUCUAUUUAUCGCUCGAACCAUGACUACAAAGUCUUCUCUUGUCUUCAGGGGGUCAAUAGAUAUCACACAGAAUGAGUUGGCAUCCCUUAAGAGUUUUCAUGUACGAUUGAUGAGCAUUGUACUGGAUGUGGAUGUUGAACCUUCCACCACUCCUUGGGAUCCUGCAAAGGCAUAUUUGUUUGUCCCUAUGGUUGGCGAUAAUUCUGUAGAUCCUAUUAGGGAAAUUGACUGGGAUCUGGUUAAAAAAAUAAUUAAUACAGAUGCAUGGUGCAAUCCCCUUCAAAGAGCUCGACCAGAUGUUUACCUUGGCACAAAUGAACGAACAUUAGGGGGAGAUAGAAGGGAGUAUGGGUUUGGGAAAUUGCGUAAUGGCAUGGCUUUUGGGCAGAAAUCCCAUCCCACAUAUGGGAUUAGAGGAGCUGUGGCACAAUAUGAUGUUGUGAAGGCUUCCGGACUGGUUCCUAAUCGGAAUGCCCUUGAAAUGCAAAGGCAUGUGGAUUUGUCCAAAGGCAAACUGAUGAUGGCGGAUACUUGUACCACUGCAGAAGAUUUGGUUGGGAAAAUUGUAACUGCUGCUCACUCAGGGAAAAGGUUUUAUGUAGAUUCAAUACGCUAUGAUAUGACUGCAGAGAACUCUUUCCCAAGGAAGGAAGGCUAUCUUGGCCCUCUGGAGUACAGCUCAUAUGCUGAUUACUACAAGCAAAAGUAUGGAGUUGAGUUAGCGUAUAAGCGACAGCCUCUUAUAAGAGGACGAGGUGUCUCGUACUGUAAGAAUCUUCUGUCUCCUCGAUUUGAACAUGCUGAAGGUGAAUCUGAGGAGACUCUUGACAAAACAUACUAUGUAUUUCUUCCUCCUGAGUUGUGUUUAGUACACCCACUGCCUGGAUCACUUGUUCGUGGAGCCCAGCGAUUACCCUCAAUAAUGAGGAGGGUUGAAAGCAUGCUUCUUGCUGUGCAGCUCAGGGAUGUAAUCAACUACCCUGUCCCUGCUUCAAAGAUCUUGGAAGCCUUGACUGCUGCUUCAUGCCAGGAGACAUUUUGCUAUGAAAGAGCAGAGCUUCUGGGUGAUGCUUACCUGAAAUGGGUAGUUAGUAGAUUUCUUUUUCUUAAAUACCCUCAAAAACAUGAAGGUCAGCUUACUAGAAUGAGGCAACAAAUGGUGAGCAAUAUGGUUCUAUAUCAUUAUGCUUUGAGUAAAGGACUUCAAUCAUAUAUCCAAGCAGAUCGCUAUGCUCCAUCUCGAUGGGCUGCUCCUGGGGUGUUGCCUGUCUUUGAUGAGGAUAUCAAAGAUGGAGAAUCAUCCUUAUUUGAUCAGGAGAGAUCACUUGCUGAUACUGUACAUCAAACAGAUCAUCCGGGAGAUGGAUAUGAGGAUGAUGAAAUGGAGGAUGGUGAGCUUGAGAGCGAUUCUAGUUCUUACAGAGUUCUAUCAAGCAAGACACUUGCAGAUGUUGUUGAAGCACUUAUUGGGGUUUAUUACGUAGAAGGUGGGAAGCAUGCUGCUAAACACCUUAUGAAAUGGAUUGGAAUUGAGGUAGAGUUUGAUCCUGAUGAAAUAGGAUGCUCAACAAAGCCAUCCUAUGUUCCAGAGAGUAUACUUAGGAGUGUCAGCUUUGAUGCCUUGGAAGGUGCUUUAAACAUAAGGUUUAAAGAGAGGGGCCUGUUGGUGGAAGCCAUUACCCAUGCUUCCCGACCAUCUUCUGGAGUAUCCUGCUAUCAACGAUUGGAGUUUGUUGGUGAUGCAGUCUUAGAUCAUCUCAUUACAAGGCAUUUGUUCUUCACAUACACAAAUCUGCCUCCAGGCCGGUUGACUGACCUGAGAGCUGCUGCUGUAAACAAUGAAAAUUUUGCACGUGUAGCUGUGAAACAUAAUCUCCAUAUGCACCUUCGCCAUGGCUCAAAUGCCCUUGAAAGACAGAUUCGAGAUUUUGUGAAGGAAGUUCAAUCCGAAUUGUCAAAGCCAGGGUUCAACUCUUUUGGUCUGGGAGAUUGCAAAGCUCCAAAAGUUCUUGGUGACAUUGUUGAAUCUAUUGCGGGUGCUGUAUUUCUUGACAGUGGCCAUGAUACUGCUGUUGUCUGGAGGGUGUUUCAACCUCUGUUGCAUCCAAUGGUUACUCCGGAGACACUCCCAAUGCAUCCUGUGCGUGAGCUGCAAGAGCGAUGUCAGCAACAGGCAGAAGGGUUAGAAUAUAAAGCCACUCGAAGUGGCAAUUUAGCCACAGUUGAAGUGUUCAUUGAUGGUGUCCAGGUAGGAGUUGCUCAGAAUCCACAGAAAAAGAUGGCACAGAAACUAGCAGCGAGGAAUGCACUUGCUGCAUUGAAAGCGAAGGAGAGUGCAGAAGCAAAAGACAAGGAUGAUGAUGAUGAUGAUACUGGGAAGAAGAAAAAGAAUGGCAGCCAAACAUUUACAAGACAAACGUUGAAUGAUAUAUGCUUACGUCGAAAUUGGCCCAUGCCAUUCUAUCGGUGUGUGAAUGAGGGUGGACCUGCACAUGCCAAGAGAUUCACGUUUGCUGUACGUGUGAAUACGACUGACCGGGGCUGGACCGAUGAGUGUGUGGGAGAGCCUAUGCCAAGUGUCAAGAAGGCCAAGGACUCUGCCGCAGUUCUUCUCUUGGAACUUUUAAAUAAGUUGUACUCAUCAUGAUUAUCUCAUGUCGUGUUCUAAUGUUUAACAUUAAAUAAUAAUAAUAAUAAUAAUAAUAUUUAAAUAAAUAUAAUUUUAUCAUAUCAAAUAAAAAGGAAAAUGGUUUCAGGCUGCA